AUGAUGGCUCGCGCCUCACACCCUUUCCGCCUUCUGGCAGGCCUCGCGCGCAAGAACACUGUCAAUCACAUCGUCAGACACCCCAUCAGCUUCUUACUGACCUUCUAUGUUAUUCCAAUCGUCAUUUUGUCCCUCCUCUUAUCUCUGCCGAAGCUGUUAUCCAUCAAGCAAGCCUCUGGUGCGGCAGACCCAGCCCCAAUCAAGUCACUUGCAGACACGGUGCAGCAAAAACUCGUCGUUGUCCGCCCGACCGACCUGGGCAGCGAUGUGCAGAGAGUCAUUGACAGCUUUACCAAGUCAAUCAACCCCGACAAGAUUCAAAUCGUAAAGAGCGACAAUGAGCUGUUCGACACCUGCAGCGCGAAAAACGGGGAACAAGGACCUUGUCAAGCCGCCGUUAGCUUUUACGACUCGCCCGAGACCACCUCGUCCGAAAACCAUACUUGGCAGUACAUCAUUCGGUCCGACAUACCCAAAGCCAGCACCAAUGACUAUCUAAGCCACAAGGGUCCGGUGGAUGAUGUGCUCCUGCCGCUUCAGCUGGCCAUCAACAAUGCGAUUACAAACUCGACCAUCAUUCCCGAAACGUUCAUGUUUUCCCGGACAAAGGCCAGCACCGACGCAGCAACAAAGAAGGACGCCACGACUCUCAUCGGAAGCGUCUUUACAUUUGCAAUCUUCGCCUGCUUCUUCAUCAUGAUCUACAAGUUUACCUCCUGGAUCACUCAAGACCGAGACUCGGGAAUGUCGCGGCUGAUGGACAGCAUGGGGGGUACAUGGUGCUUACCUCUGCGGGUUCUGAGCUGGAUCAUCGUCAUUGACCUAGCGUGUCUACCACUUUUCAUCGUCUUUGGUGUUUUAUAUGCAAAGCUGGCUUUCCCGGCCUCCGAUGUGAUGCCGCUGAUUGGCUGGCAGAUCCUGCUGGGGUUUGCGAUCAACAGUUCCUCAACUUUCGCGGCCGCCUUCUUCAGCAAAGCCCGCGUGUCUUCCAUUUACAUCACCGCCAUGUUCAUCAUACUUUCCCUAACGAUGCAGCUGAUUGGGGUCCGCAGCAAUCCCCAGCCCAUGCCGGAUACGAUUUGGGCAUUGUCUGGAGCCUUCCCCAGCUGUAAUCAUGCCUUGUUCACCAAGCAAAUGGCAUUCUGGCAGCUCGCCGAGAAGAAGGCCUCCUUUUCGGACUUUCCACCUGGAGCCCCAGACGACCUCUUGGAUUUGGCUGUUGUAAAGCAAAAGACGCUUCUUCUUCUCCUAGCCGGACAGGCAGUGGGCUAUGCGCUACUCGCUAUGGCGGUGGAAUGGCUUUUCCAUGGAGUGAGCGGCCGAAGCAGAACAUUCCGACGAGACGUGGGAAAUCUGAACGAGGCUUCUAUCAAGGUUGAAAACUUGAAAAAGGUCUUCAAGCCAGGUUUCUGGAAGUGGCUCUGCUGCUGCGGCAGACGAGGUUACAAGACUGCUGUCAAAAGUGUCACUUUUGAAGCCUACGCGGACCAAAUUCUAUGCCUCGCGGGCCCCAACGGGUCCGGCAAAACAACCACAUUGCACGCAGUUGCUGGCUUCAGCCAACCAAGCGCUGGGCGCAUCACACUGAGUGCCAGACGGAAAGAGAUCGGCAUAUGCCCACAGCAAAACACGCUGUGGGAUGAUUUGACAGUGCUGGACCACGUCCGUCUCUGGUCCCAAAUCAAGGGUGGUCAUGAGACGCACGCCGAGAUUGAUGAGCUCAUCACCGCUUGCGAUCUUGCAAAGAAGAGGAGCAGCCCUUCAAAGUCUCUCAGCGGCGGCCAGAAGCGUAAGCUUCAGCUUGCCUGCAUGUUUGUGGGCGGUUCCAAGAUUUGCCUCAUUGACGAGUGCACGUCGGGCCUUGACCCCCUGUCCCGUCGCGCCAUCUGGGCCUUGCUUCUGCGGUAUAGAACCGGACGCACCAUCAUAUUUACAACACAUUUUCUUGACGAGGUCGACGUCCUGGCAGACCAGAUUGUCGUCUUGACGGACGGAGGUGUUAAAUGCCAGGGCUCUCCAGCAGAGCUUAACAGCCAAUACGGAAGCGGUUACAAGGUCAUAGUGCCUGACGACGGGCUACAGCCCGUCAUGGACUCGCCCUGGCAAUCCAACACCCACCAAGGACAGCUUGUAUGCACCGUGCCCGACUCUCUUACUGCGACGCGGCUCGCGCGGGUGUACGUCGAGAAUGGGGUUACUGACAUUUCCAUCUCCGGCUCACAAUUCGAAGAUGUCUUUCUCAACCUUGUGGAAAAGCCCGAGAGGGUGCAGAGCAGCAGCAGCAACAGCAACCUUUUGACAGACAAAAUGGGCUUUGCGCUCUCGCCGGCUCGCACCACGUCCUUUGCACAGCAACUCCGCAUCCUGCUAGGGAAGCGAUUCCUGGUACUCCCCAAGCUUUGGUGGCCGUACUUUUUUGCCAUACUGAUACCAUUGGGCGCGGCGCUGGCAAUGGUCAUUAUAAGCGGCAGCUACGAUGUCCCCUCGUGUGCAGACACGAAGCCGGUGCUCGGUACACCGGAGCAGGAAACAUUCUUCUUUACAGACUUUUGCGCCCGGGAGGGGUUCUGCACGCAGAUAGUCCUGGCUCCCUCGGAAGCGAAGACGAAGCUAAAGGGGCUUGUCGAGAAACCGUUCGAGGACGUGCGCGAUGUCAACAUGACGGUGUUUGACCAGUUUGUGGUUCCUUUGGAAAAUCGCCAGAGCUGGCUCGACUAUGUCCUGAACAACAGAGACGCCAAGUCAUACACAGGCAUCUACACUGGCUCUGACAGCGAUGCGCCCAUUAUUGCGUACCGGCCACCAUCGGAUUCGAGGAUAGGCAGCUUCGAGACGCUGAAUCUUUGGAGCGAAAUGAACAGCAACGUUCAGAUCAAAGCCAGCUUUAGCAAGAUUCAAACUGUCAAAUCGCAAGAUCAUACCGUUGCGAUCAUGUACGCCAUAUUCUUGACGCUUGUCCUGUCGAUAUUUCCGCCAGCAUUUGUCCUGUAUCCAGCGAUCGAAAAGGCAAGCAAUACUCGAUCGAUGCAAUACGCAAACGGUGUGAGCCCCGGGCCUUUGAUAUUGUCGUACCUCUUGUUUGAUGCGAUUUUCAUCACGGUCAUUUCUAUCGCCCUGGCGCCUAUCAUUAGUGGCCCGAUCCAGGCGUGGGUUGGUUCUGGCGCCUUGCUCGGUGUCGCACUGGUCUUGUACGGCCUGGCCGCCGUUCUCGUCGGCCAUAUCGUGUCUCAUUUUACCGCUGGACCACUCAAAGCAUUCAUCGCAGCUUUUGGUGUCAACUUGGUCAUGUUUGCGGUUUCUGCUGGUGCAUAUGGUGCUUCGACAAUGUCAUCAGAAAAGACAGCGAGGGCUGUUGCAUUUGGCUUCGGGCUAAUCUCGCCGAUCGGAAACAUUUUUAGAAUCAUGAUGAUUGGGCUGAAUGUCGCCAACCAAGGCUGCACCAAUUACAACAACAAGCCCUCCUCCGCUAUCGACGGCUACUCUGGCCCGAUUCUCUAUCUACUACUUCAAGUCAUUGCGCUAUCUGUGUUGGCGAUUUGGCUCGAGGGCGGUUUGUCGCUCUUCCGCAAAGACAUUCCUACUUCCGCGGACACGGAUAUUGAAAUGCGUGAGCCGUGCAUGCCCGGCAGCGGUGUGGCAGCAGAGGUUCUGCGCACAGAGCACGAGAAAGGCGAUAUGCUGCGGGCAGUGCACGUCACGAAGGCGUUCAAAUCAAAUGUUGCUUUGGACGAUGUUACUUUUGGGCUCCCACUUGGCCAAGUGCUUGCCCUUAUUGGACCUAACGGCGCAGGUAAAUCCACUCUUGUCAAUGUUAUCCAGGGAGAACUUGCUGCCGACAAAGGCGGGGUGAUGCUGUGCGGAGAUAAUUCAAGAAAUGCUUCCUCAAAGAAGCACAUUGGCGUGUGUCCCCAGCACGACUCCUUGGACCUUCUCACCACACGUCAGCACCUCGCGUUCUACGCCAAGAUACGUGGUGUCCAGGACCCCAACAGCAAUGUCGACUACCUUCUCAGGAGGCUCGACCUCGAGCCUCACGCGAAAACGGCGGCCGCCAAGCUGUCGGGCGGCAACAAGAGAAAGCUCAGCCUAGCAAUUGCGCUGAUGGGCACGCCGCCCGUACUUGUGUUGGACGAGCCCACGACAGCUAUGGAUGCUGUUGCCAAGCGUGUCUUCUGGGAUAUCAUCAAAAAGGUCACCGCAGACCGUUCCAUUCUUCUCACGACACACAGCAUGGAAGAAGCCGACGCGCUGGCGAACCGUGCGGUCAUUCUGGCCACCAAAGUGCUCGACAUUGGCACCACCCAGGAUCUGCGCACCAGGUACGGGACCCAGAGUCACAUCACCGUGCAGCUCACGUCGGCACCGCACACAUCCGAGGAUGAGAUGCAGCGGGUAUGGGCGCGCAUACAGGAAGGUGUGCCGAGCGCGGCGCUGGAACGAGACAUGAGCCGCGGCCAGAUUCGCUUCACCGUGCCUCUGAAAGGGCAAGGCGGUGCGGGAAGCAGCAGUCUUACGGUGAUUACAGUCACUGAGCUUCUUGAAUACUCGAAGCAAGAACUGGGCAUUGCACAUUAUAACGUGGGCAGCGCAACUCUGGAAGGGGCGUUUUUGAACAUUAUCCAGGCCAACAACUUCCAAGAGGAUGCUUGA